CUUGGUAAUUUCCGGUUCCCAAUAUAGUACCGACGUGACCGAUGUCUCCGCUUUGAAGUCCUAACUUUAAAUGUACAACACUGUGCGGGAUCUACAUUUGUUUCUCAUCGACUUAUUUGACCAAAUUACGAGUUAGAUAAGUAAAUAGCUUGCUUCGUUUUAAAAAUCAUUUGUAAACUCGUAGCUAGUAAAACUUGAUUGUGAACUCCUUGAGAAGUCUUCACCUCUACUGACAUUUGAAAUGAUAACCUUUCUUGGAAGAAAUUGAAUACCCAUGAUGAUUUCAAGGACCAUGUCAAUCAGGGCACUCCUGUUCUUGGGGCUCUUUCAAGCUGGACAGAGGAGUCUAGCCUCAGCUCCAGAAGUCAAAGAUCCACCCAAGAGGAUAGCUGUGGUUGGAGCUGGCAUCGGUGGCACAGCAACAGCUUACUUCCUGAGACAGGAGUUUGGGGCAGCGGUGAAGAUCGAUGUGUUUGAGCCAGGCACUGUGGGGGGACGACUGGCCACCCACAACAUGGGGGACUAUGAGUACGAGAUGGGGGGCGCAGUUAUCCACCCUCUAAAUCUGCACAUGAAGCACUUCCUUGAAAGACUAGGCCUUUCCCAGAGGCGAGAUGUCCCUGGAAAAAUGGCCAUCUUCAAUGGAAAAGAGCUCAUCUUUGAAGAGAGUGACUGGUUUAUUGUGAACUUCCUGCGCCUGCUUUGGCGGUACGGGUUCAACUUCCUGCGGAUGCAGAUGUGGGUGGAAAGUGUUCUUGAUAAGUUCAUGAGAAUCUACCAGUACCAGCAGUUUGGCUACUCCUUCACCAGUGUGGAGAAGCUCCUGCAUGCAAUGGGUGGUGAUGAUUUUCUCACACUAGCCAAUCAGACACUGGAGGAGGCCAUGUUGGGGGAGGGCUUUUCUCAGAGCUUCCUCAACGACUUUGUGGCACCUGUCACCCGUGUGAACUAUGGCCAAAGUGUCCGCAUCAAUGGAUUUGUGGGGGCGGUGUCUCUAGCAGGGGCAGACCCAGGCCUGUGGGCAGUGGACGGAGGUAAUAAGAAGGUGUGCUCAGGACUCCUGUACCACAGCAAGGCCGAGCUCAUCCCAGCACGAGUCACCGCUAUCGCUGUCAAGUUGCGACCAUCUAAAGCAGGUAUCACAGCCAGUCUUUAUGAGGUAAACUAUGUUGGGGACUCUGGCUCCGCCCAUUCCCUGUAUGACAUAGUGAUUGUGGCCACACCUCUCCAUCAGGGAAAGUCUGACAUCACCUUUGCAGGCUUCUCCCCGCCCAUCCCCUCCCAAUACCCUGGGCGCUACCACCAGACUGUCACCACCCUGGUCCACGGCCUCCUCAAUGUGUCCUACCUGGGGACCUCGGAGAAGCCCUCUACCUUCAGUGUGUCAGACGUUCUCACCACAGACACCAAGGGCUCCAUCAUCAACAGCCUGAGCUCUAUUGACCCUGUUCACAUCCCACCAAGCUACUCACGCCCGCCAGCCAGCGAGAGCAAGAUGUGGAAGGUGUUCUCUCCUCAGCCUCUGUCCCAGGAGCAGCUCCGGGACAUGUUCCUAUCAUGGGACUCCACCUCAGAAACUAAGUGGCUGGCGUACCCCGCUUAUAAUCCACCUCACCGUAGGACCCCUCCGUUCAUCCUCCAUGAGCGCCUAUACUACCUGAACGCUGUGGAGUGGGCAGCCAGCGCCAUGGAGAUGAGCGCCAUCUCAGCCAGGAACCUGGCACUGUUGGCACAUCACCGCUGGAACUCCCAGGUGGGCAGAGUCGACCAGGAGGACCUCCACACACGUCUGAGAGGAGAGCUUUGAAAAGGGAGGGAGGGAGGGAGGGACAACAGAGGUGGAGAAAAGUAAUAAUAUAAAGCAAUAAUAUCAGUCAGAGAUAUUUCACACUAAAACACUCCUGCGUACGUCAACAGUAGUAUUGGGUGUUCUGCCCAAUUAUGAAGCUAUAUCCAUUGACCCACUAUAUUGAUAUAUUUUGAUUUGAAAAAUUCAACUGAAAUAAUAUCAACUGCAACAUUAGCACAUCAUUUUCAUCAGAUAUUCUUAUACUGUGCUGAAUAGAAUGAUCACUGUGACAAUAGCAUAGCAAGCUAUGCUAUACUGCAGGGUAAAAGUACAAUUAUUGUUUAAUACAUGCAUGCAUUGGGUUUUCACAUAUAUAGCUGCACUAGAUGGUGUUCUGCGUUUCUAAAUGUGUCAAAAACAUCUGGAUAAUGUACCCUGUGGCUCCUCUAGACCACAUUUACAUUUAACAUUUAAGUCAUUUAGCAGACGCUCUUAUCCAGAGCGACUUACAAAUUGGUGCAUUCACCUUAUGACCUCCAGUGGAACAGUAGUGCAUCUAAAUAUUUUCAGGGGGAGGGGGGGUGAGAGGGAUUACUUUAUCCUAUCCUUGGUAUUCCUUAAAGAGGUGGGGUUUCAGGUGUCUCCGGAAGGUGGUGUAUGUGUGCAUGUAUUCAUGCUGCGUCUCAAGCUCUCUACCUCUGGCGUAGUGUUGAAAAGGUUGUAAAGCAAAUUGGUUGGUGAAAUGUAAGCAGUUGUGCAAUUGAAUAGUUCUUGCAAGGAAAAUUGGCCAACAGGUAAUUGCAAAGUUUUUGGUGUUAUACAAUUAUGAAUACACCCAUGAAGAACAAACCCCUAUUCGCACUGAUCAUUUGAUGUCAUUUGAAAAUGUACUGUAGUCUAUUUACAUAUUUCUAAAUUGUGCCUUUUUUAAAAUUACUAAGCAAUGGUUUUUAUAUCUGGGAAUCCUCCUUUCUACUUUCAGAAACUAUUUAGUCUCUGUUUUUGGUAUGUUUAUGGCAUCUAUGUGAUGAGCAAAUUGUGCCAUGAAACUAGUCUUCCAUUGUGACCAAAGUGAAAUAUAAGAACACAAAGUACAUCUAUUUUACUGUGAGUGACAAGUAUCCUUCAGAAAAUAUUGUCUUCUAUUCUGGGAGGUUAAUUUCAUGUGUCUCUGUAAUUUGUCUAGAAUGACUCUGAAAAUAAUCGUUGUUGGUUUAGCCUUUCUUAACACACUUUUUGAGGUUUUUAGGGUUUCUGUGCGUUUGAUAAUGUGCUAGAUACUGUACAACCAUAGAAAAUGGUGCACUUUGAUAUAUAGAAUAAUAUGACUAAUAUUACAGCAAAAUUCCCAUACGUUUAGACAUGAACUAUAUUGAUUGAAGAGGGACAGUAUUUUGAAAUCAGCUGAUUUGACUCCCAAAUGUUGGCACGGAAAUGCAAGCUUUUGUAAACACAUUUGAAAUCAGAGUUUGUAAUUGCGAUGUGUUUUAUGCUCUAUUUGACAUAGUCUUCUAUGGAUUUCCAGGAAAGAUUAAAUGACUUCAAUCUUGUUUUGUCCAUUUUUUUUUUUUUUUUGUAAAUAGGAGACUUGAAAUCAAUGUUUACAUUCAGAAUAAAGAGAUAACACACUGAA